AUGGCUCCGCGCAAACUGGAUAUGCAUUAUGCCGUCAAGGACGGUCACUGGCGAGCGGACGACGAGGAUGCAGAGAAGGCGGCCUGGGCCGAAAGUGUGCGGUUGCGGGAGCAGAUGUUCUGGAGCCGUAUCGGUGGUGGUGUGCUCCCGGUCACACAUUUCCAGACAAGCCAUAGUCGGGCACCCAGUCGGGCUCCUAGUCUUCGGGCUGACAAGAGCCCCAGGACGAGCCUCGACGCUGACAAGGAUGGAGACGAGACUCCUGCUGCUGAGAGCUCGGAGACGAAAAUUUCUGAGGUGUCCGAGAAACCCGCUUCUGAUAUUGCCACGGAGCUCGUCGACCAACCCGAGACUCCCAAGAAGGAGGAGCCCUUAGAGGAGGUAGAGGUGCCUGCCGUGAUGAGUGAAGUGUCCGAAGAGAAGGACGAAGUCGUUGAACAAACGAUUGAGGCUCCUGCAAAGGACAUUGAGGGACCUACCGGAGAGGCCAAGGUGGCUUUCGUUGAGCCCAAGACCCCCGCCAACAAGUUUGAGUUCCUUCCAGCGGAAAUUACUCAACCGCUGCCAUCCACCGAAGAUACCCCAGCUCAGCCUAUCAGCCCCGAGGUCGAGCCAGCAAUCGAGGAGCCGAAGGAACUUUCUGUGACGAUACCCGGAGCUUUCACAGCCUAG